AUGCGGCUUCACAAAGCUCUGUCCCAGCCCGGAGCUGGACCUGGCUCCAGCAUCCAGGAGCGGCUCAAAGGACAGUGUGUGCGGCAAAUGCUGCCCUUGGAAAGGGGGAAGAAGCUGUGAGAAGUCCUCAGGGAGAAGGGCGGCUUGCUGCAUCUCUUCUUCCAGCACCACUGCUACGACAUCGGCACCGAAUUCCCACAUGCUUUUCCCAAGGCCGAAGUGGCCGUGAAGCCCCUGCUGAGCACCCUCGGCUGGAGUAUGGAGUGCUGUGGGACCGUCUCCAUCGGCUCCCCACCGCAGGACUUCACCGUGGUCUUCGACACCGGCUCCUCCAACUGCUGGGUUCCUGCACCAGCCUGGCUUGCCCUCAGCCUUGCUGGAAGUCUUCAUUUCUUCGGCCAUGUCAAAUUUGAUGGGAUCCUGGGCUUGGGCUCCCCAAAUCUGGCUGCUGAUGGGAUCACGCCGGUGUUUGUUAACUUGGCGAACGGGGGCUUGCUGGAAGAGAACCUCGUGUUGGUCUCCCUGGCCCGGUAGCCAACAGGGCGUAUGGUCACCUUUGGGGGAAUCGAUGAGUCUUAUUUCACCGGCUCCAUCAACUGGAUCUCGGUCUCUCACCAAGGUUACUGGCAGACCUCCAUGGACAGCAUCGCGAAAUGCAUCUCGAACUGGCGCGUGUCGCUCGCGGCUGGACCGCUCUCCGGCGUCAGUAGCACGCAGAGCACAGUCGGGGCCGGGCAGGACACCUGCUGCAUCAGCAGCUUCCAGAACACCUCCGGGGACCUCUGGAUCUUGGGAGACAUCUUCAUCAGGGUGUACUACAGCAUCUUUGACCAGGCCAACAACCGUGUUGGACUGGCCAAGGCUAUUUAG